UCCACACCUCGCCGCACGCUCACGCCGCUCGCGCCGCUCCGAGGCACCGCGACCCGCGAGUCGAAGCGCGAAACCGUGGCACUUCCCCCGCGAGGGACGGACAGUCCCGGACAGUGCCGCAAGCCCCGCACAGCCCCGCACGGCCUGGCGCGCCGCUCGGUGUCGGUCUCGUUUUCGUUUCUCAUCAAGCCAGUGACUGUUUGGUUGUGAUUUUUUUUGGAUACCGCCUUAGCUCUGGAUACCGUGACGAGUGCAGGGCGUGACAGGCCGCGCCAAUGACUGCGGGUCGCGGCAGGGCGUCGGCCAGGGCGGGACACUCCCCGCCGGCAGCGCGCGCAGCGGCACUGGACGUCCGGAACGGUGACUAGGACGCCGCGUGCCUCGCGCACGCCACGCCGGCCUCACGCUGGAGCACAACGCCCUCGCCAUGAUGAUGGAGACGGAGGAGAUCAGCAAGAUGGUGGACACCGUCUACAAGAACAUCCUGGACAAGUUCAACCCGGCCGCCCGGCAGCUCAUCAGCGCGGGCAAGGUGUACCUCAAGGCCCUACACGGGGCGGCCGCGGCGUCCAGGAUGUACGUGGAGGCCCUGUCCAAGCUGGCGCGCCACAGCCAGCAGCAGGGCUCCUGGGGAGGCUGCUCCGACAUCAGUGCAGCCCUCUUGCAGGUGGUCGACGUGUACAAAGAGGUUCACGAGCAGCAAAUGAAUAUACUCAAGGCGUUCUACGUGGAUCUGCUCGUGCCGCUGGAAACCAAUCUUGAGAAGGACACCAAAGUAGUGCAGUUGGAGCAGAAGAAGUUCAACGCGCAGCACAAACAGCGGUCCGAGUCGCACAGCAAGGCGGCCGCCAUGAGCCGCAAGCAGAGAAAGAAGAACAAGACGAGCACCAACGAGAAGGACCUCAAGACUCUACAGAGGCUAGAGGAGGAGCAGUCCAAGCUCGACGCCUUCCGGGAGCAAAGUCUGCGAACGGCGUUGACGCAGGAGCGGCGGCGCUACGGCUUCGUGCUGGAGCGACAGUGCUCGCUGGCCAAGCACUUCAUGUCGCUGCACACGCGCGGCUCCUCGCUGUUCCAGCAGCGCCUGCCCGACUGGCAGCGGGUGGCGCGCGCCAGGGAGGCCCUGCCUGAGGAGGUGCAGAGGCUGUUCUCCUCCAAGAACGCGAGCAUGUGGGCGGACGACGACGCGUACACGGGGCGCCGCGACGACGGCUCCAUGGCGUCGGCGCUGCGCAAGACGCGCUCCAUGGACGCCUCGGCGCUGGACCUGCGCUGCCUCAGCGACGCCCCGGAGGACCAGCACCGCGGUCUCGGACACGGCCUCGGCGGCCACGACCCCGGCGGCACGCUCAGCCGCGCGCGCUCCGACCUCAACCUGUCCUCGCGGGCGCACUCGCCCACCGGAGAGUCCGCCAGCCCGGUGCGGCCGCAGUCGCUGGCGGUGUCCUCGGCGGGCCGAGGCUGGGGGUCGCCGCUGGCGCGCGCCCUCUACGCCUACCUCAGCAGCGGCGAGAACCAGCUCAGCUUCCUGGAGGGCGACAUCCUGGCCCUGAUGGGGGAGCGCAACAAGGGCUGGCAGUUCGGGGAGAACCUGCGCACGCAGACGAGCGGCUGGUUCCCGCUCGCCUACACGGAGCUGCUCCUGGACGACCCGAGCAACUCCCCCUCGCCGCGCCGCCACAUCGAGUCGCUGGGCUCGACGCCGGCCAGCGAGUGGCGGUCGGGCCCGGGCGGGGGCGUCGGCGGGGCGCCGCCGGGGCACACCGGUAACCACUGCGAGGACGCCCCGCGGCCCCCCGUAGCGCCGCCCCCAGUAGCCCCGCCUCCUCAGCUGCAGUCCCUGCAGUCCUUGCAGUCCCUGCAGUCCCUGCAGUCCCCCCGAGGGCCCAGAGGCCACCCACAGCUCGGCGGGCGCGCGCUGCCGUCGGGACCCCCUCCGCUGGCCCCCGCGCCGCACACCCCGCACACCCCGACUCGGAGUGCUAGUGGCGCUGGCGUGGGCGCGGGCGUGCCGCUGCCCAUGACGCCCAUGUCCAUGCCGCUGGGGCACCUGUCCGGCGUGAUGCGGCCGCCGUCCGGGCCCGCCACCGGCAACAUCGGCGCCUCCCUGCACUCCUCCAACGACAGCGGCUUCAGCAACGAGCCGCCCGCCGCGCCCGAGAUCGACUACUCCGACGACGAGCCCUCCAGGGGCGGCCACUCCACGCCGCGAGCUAACGGCUCCGCGUCGGACUCUCCCCGCGGCUCCCCCAGGGGGUCGCCCAGGGGUUCGCCGGGCCGCGAGGAGCGCGCGCUGUCCAACGUGAAGGGCUGGCUGCUGUACAAGUCCGCGCUCGACCUGUGGGACGACGUAGAGGCCCAGAGGGACUCCCGCGGCGCCAGCCGGCCGCCGCCGCCGCCUCCGCCCCGCGUGCCGCCGCCGCCGCGGCCCUCGGGGGCGGCGCGGGACCGCAGCGCCACCGCCACGCUGCCGAGCAGCGCCAAGAUGCGAGGGAGGCCCCUGGUGCCGCCGCCGGCACCGCCUCCCCCCGUCCCGGAAAGCAACGGGCACGCCGUCGUGAAGCGCACCAAGUCACUGCUCAAGUUCAGGAAGGACACGACCGGGGACGGCUCCGUGCUCACGGGCAUGGCCUUGUGGAGGCACCGCUCGCUCGUGGACGUGCGCAACGAGGACGACGAGGACGACGACGUGGACGCCAACAACAAGAAGAACGCUGGGACGCCGCUCAUCAAGAUGAAGCUGGUCAAGAUCGACAUCGGCGAGGGGAAGCAACACGAGAAGCAGCAGUUGCAGCAGCGCAAAUCGCAAGACGUGAACGGCCACAGCAACGGUCACUCGAAUGGGCACUCGAAUGGAUACUCCAACGGCCACUCCAACGGCCACUCCAACGGACUCUCCAACGGACACUCCAACGGACACUCCAACGGACACUCCAAUGGACACUCCAACGGCCACAGCAACGACUUCCACCACCGACGCCGCAGCGGCAACGAGGACCACGACGUCGAGUUCGUCUCGGUGGAGGAGCAGACCUACUCGACCCUGACGAAGCACGGCGCGGCCUUCUUCCAGAAGCAGGUCCUGGAGCGCACCAAGUCCUGGAUGCCGAGUCGCCCCGAGGACGACGACGAGCCGCCCUACGAGGACGCGUCCGAGGCGCGCGCCGGCAUCCUGGCCUCGGCCGGGCCGGCGGUCUCGUCCGGGGCGGCCAUCGCGGACAAGAAGCGCGAGGUGGCGCGCAUGGCGGCGGCCGAGGCCGUGAGGACGGCGGCGCUGCGCAGGCAAUUCGGCAGCGGCGACCGCCUGCUGACGCUGCCCUCGCGCACCCGCCUCGCCAAGUCCAUGUCGCAGGAGCUGCCGUCCUCCAACGGCCACGGCCACGCCGACCCCGCCGGCAGCAUCUUCCAGUACGGCAAGACCCUGCAGAGCAGGCUCAGGGCGCCCGACCGCGGCUCUCGCUUCGACCGCCUGUCCAUCACCACGGGCAACCUGUGCGGGCCCUGGUACGACAUGUGGGGCGCCGACGCCUCCGUCCCGCAGCCGCAGCGCAAGGCCUAGAGCGAGGUAGCGCUGCGACUAGCUGCGACGCGCGGGGAAUUCCACGCCUCUUGCGUCGUCAAGUUGCGUCCUUUCAUUAUCUAUUUUUGAAAAGUUUUCAAGUCUCGGCUUUACUAUUCGCGGCCGGGGCCUCCGGGGAUCCACUGCCAUAAUUAGGCAUUUUGUCCACCUUCCGGAUAAAAUUCGCAGCGCGGCCGCCGCCACCGCCUGUUGCCUCUCAGGCGUUUGUAAAAGGAGGCAUUCUACGAAGUUGAGUCCGUCCAUGAGAGUGCUGUUUGUACUCGGGCCUUCUUAUUGACUUACUGCCCCAUAGUUUCCACUCACAGCCGAGGCAGUGGAGUGAGCCGCCUGCCACUUUGGUCGGGGAAUGACCGUCAGCAGCCCACGGCCCACGGCCCACACACUGUUGGCUUAUGUCAUUCCCUCCCUGAAGAGGAAGGAUUGGCUUUUCUCAUUCAUAAUUUCUCAAUCCUAUAAUUUAUAUUGUUGCCGAAUGCUGAAAAGCGUUCGUAGGUAAAGCAAAGUUCCGACGGAAACAAGAAAAUUUUAGGAGAAGGAGCAAUGCUUCGUUUCUGACAAGCUACUUGCUUGUGCCAGAUUUGAAAAAGUGUUGAAGAGUGUUCAUAAUUCUAAAACCACUGACCCCUUUUCUAAGUGUUUUGUUUGGGAAUUUUUUAAUUUUGUUUCUUUUAAAACAAGCUGGUUUGAUGCUUUGUUUUGUGACAUAAGCCAUACAAUGUAAAAUAGGGUAUUUAUUAGUUAUACUUGAGUGUUCUGUGCUUAUGUCUCAGUCAGUCCUUAUAAUUGAUUAAUUUCUGUGUAUUUACUUAUCCAUUUUGAAUGUGGUGCUGUGCCCAUGGGUGUUGUAACAAAAAUUAUCUAUUGUACAGUGUCUUUUUUGAUUAAAGAAAGAAUGUACCCUUCGUGAAACAUUAAGCUAUCCGCUGUUCAUUGUUCAGAUAUAGUUUUGUAUCCCUAAACUUGUUUAUUGUAUUAUUUUGUUACUUGUUUCUUAAUUAAAAUUAAAGUGGCAUCUUUUGCUAA